UAUGAGUCCUCCUGCCUGAUUUAUAUAUAUUCGUUUCCCAUUUAGAUGUAUGAAUGAUAAUAAGAGAGGGCAGAGGUGGGUAGGGAUUAUUGGAUGAUGACGAUGGGGAGGGGAGAAAUAAGGAUAUCAUUAUUAGUAUUGCUGGCGGCGGCGGCGGAGGGAUACGACUACGGUGACGCUCUGAGCAAGACUCUGCUGUUUUUCAAAGCCCAGAGGUCGGGCAGAUUGGGGAGCGACAAUUCCAUCAAUUGGCGUUGGGAUUCAGCACUGUCUGAUGGAAAGGCUGAGGGGGCGGAGUUGGUGGGAGGGUAUUAUGACGCCGGAGACAAUGUCAAGUUUGGGCUGCCCAUGGCCUUUGCCAUGACCAUGCUCUCCUGGGCCGCAGCAGAUCACUUCUCCACCCAUUCCGAUUUGUUUGAUGCCAUCAAAUGGGGCACCGACUACCUCAUCAACGCUCACACCCAACCCAACACAUUAUUCGUACAGGUGGGAGACGGAGACUCGGAUCAUUUGUGUUGGAUGCGGCCAGAGGAUAUGACAACCUCCAGGACCGCAUAUAAGAUCGACGAGGCGCACCCAGGCUCAGAUGUUGCAGGCGAAACUUCGGCUGCUCUUGCUGCCGCCUCCAUCGCAUUCAAACAACGCGACUCUUCCUAUUCUCAUACACUGCUACAGCAUGCCCAGCAGCUUUUCACGUUUGCUACGGCACAUAAAGGAUCUUACCAGGACUCAAUCCCAGGUGCUUCGAAGUACUACAAGUCUUAUCAGAAUGAGGAUGAAGUGGUAUGGGCAGCGGCUUGGCUGUACAAGGCAACAAAUGAGAGACAGUACCUGGAUUACGUAGUGCAAAAUGCAGCGUCUGUAACCGAUGAUUGCCAGAUGAAGGAGGUUUCGUGGGAAACCAAAUGCGGGGCGGUUCAGGUGCUGGUGUCAAAGAUUUACAUGGAGGAAAAGCAGGAGCUGCAGGGGCUGCAGAAAUACAAGGAGAGAGCAGAUUUCUUCACCUGCGCCUGCAUGCAGAAGAACCAGAAUGCCGCGGACAACGUGGAGCUCACCCCGGGAGGCCUGAUCUACGUCCGUCCCUGGAACAACUUGGAGUACGCCUCCGCCAACGCAGCCGUCAUGGCCAUCUACUCCAAGUACCUCGACGGCCGCGGCGUGAGGUGCUCCAACGGCGAAUCCCUCACUGACGACCAAAUCCUGGAGGCCGCCCGAUCUCAGGCGGACUACAUCUUGGGCAAAAACAGGAUGGGCAUGAGUUACGUGGUCGGGGUCGGCCCCAAAUUUCCUCAGCGAGUUCACCACAGAGCUGCCUCCAUUGACGUCAACAGCGAAGCCUACCGACAACUGUCUAUGGACGGCCCUGAACGCCUCUGCGCUGGCGGCUACGCCAAGUUUUACCCCACCUCCGAUCCAAAUCCCUACGUCAUCACCGGAGCCCUUGUCGGCGGUCCCGCCAAAGACGACACCUAUCUUGAUGCGAGGGAUAGCUACGAACAGUCCGAGCCAACCCUGUCUGGCACCUCCACUGCGUCCCUGCUCUUCGCCGUCUUGUCCUCGUCACAUAACCAUGGCGCCGCCGCCGCCGUGCAGCUCAUGCACUCCAUAGUUUCCAAGUGGAGCGUCGGGAACACCCAGUACUGCCACCACAAGGUUGUGAUCACAGCUGCUAAUAGCAACACAACCAUUACGGAUCUCAAGUUCAGGAUUGACCACCUCUCCCCUGGAACCACUCUAUGGGGGCUGUCCAAGCUGCCGCCGCAGGAUAACGAGGCCGGCAUCUUCUACGCCCUCCCUCCCUGGGCAAAUUCUAUCCAUUCUACUUCAACGCAUACUGUUCUUUAUGUCCAGCGUUGCCAGCAAGCCAAGAUUUCUCUUCUCAGCUACCGCCAGCUCUAGCUACCUCAUACCUCCAUCUCCAUCAUCAGAUCGAGAAAUUAAUUAAACAUGCAUGCAUGCCCCAUUACUAUAUACAAUAAUACGGAGUAAUUCAUAAUUACUAUAGAAUCUAUCUUCAAUUUAUCUAUGACCAUCAAUAUAUGUAUCGCUACGCUACUUUAAUUCUCAUUGGUCACCAACCGCUAGCUGGCCCGCUUUUAAUUAAUCUUGCUC